GAAAUCCUUGUUUGGUCGACAUGUUUCUACGAUGUGCUGGAUGGAGAUAAGCUGCGUGAUUCCCUCCAGGAGCUACUCGAAAUGGGCAACUGGCGGUCGUUGGGUGGUCGCCUAAGGCUAAAUUCGGCAGGGCGUGUUGAGCUGCAUGUGCCAAACCAUUUCACCACUGAUCGACCUUCGGUGCACUUCACGCAGGAGAGGCACGAUUUAAGCGUGCUAAAUCAUGAGCUGCGUCACACACUGCCGAGGAACAGCAACAUUCCCUUUGUCGUCGAUAUCAGGGAAACAUUUGGCCGGAUUCUGGCCGGACCAGACGCUCCCCGAAGCUUUGAUGAUUAUAUUAAUACAGACCGACCAGCCCUGUCGGUUCAUGUAAUAAUCUUCACCGACUGUACCUUUGUCACAAUCGUCUACUCUCACAGUAUUGCCGAUGGUAUGGGUCGGCGAGCUUUAAUGGACAACUGGUGCCGGGUUUUACGUGGCGACAAGGCCAGCGUAAUGCCCCUGGCCGACCUUUCCGACGACGUCCUGAUGCGGGUUGCCGAAGCGGACAAGUCUAGGCCCAAUGAGCGCUAUAUAUGGGAGGACAAGCUGCUCACGGGCUUUUCGCUGUGGCGAUUCAUGGCCCGCAUAGCCUUUGAAAGCGUCUUUGGCCCGCGCAAGCACUUACAAUCCGUCUUCUUGCCGGCGGCGCUUGUGGAAUCCCUGCGGGCGGAGGCACGCUCGGAUGGUACCUGUUCUCCGAAUCUGACUGACGGUGACAUCCUCGCGGCGUGGCUAUUGCGACUCUCUCUGGCUCACACCCCAACAUCGUCGAGAAGACCGCUGUCGAUUAUAAUGGUGGUUGAUACUCGUGGGAGACUCCCGAGCUCGUAUCUCGAUCCAAAACUCGCACGGAUAUCCAACCAGUGGGUCUCUGCCUGGAUUCCAGUUCAGCUUCGAGAGUUUGUCGACGGAAGCCUGGGGCGCGCUGCGUCGCUCGUGCACGAGACUCUCCGCCCACAACUUAGCGAGGCGCAGAUAUCCAAACUAGUACGCUUUGCGAUAGAACGCAAUGGCACGACGGCAUUUUUCGCGGAUACAAAUGCCGUCAUGCUACCAGUAUCGAACAUCGCCAAGGCGCGUUUCCAGGAUAUUAUCGACUUUGGGCCCGCUGUAGUCGCUCCUGGCCUUGACUCCACCCUUUCGGGCACGCCGAGCGGGAAGCCGGUGUGGACGACGAACGUGAUAAGCGGAACUCAUACGAGCGGCAAUUUGUGCCAUAUCCAAUUUAAAGAUCACGCUGGGAAUUACUGGGUCACGUUGCAGGCACCGGGUAAAACGUGGGAAAAGAUCAACGAACUGACCCAAACGUUGAAUAAACUGACUUAA